AUGGAGAUCACCUCUCCGCCCGGCUCGCCCGCCAGCGGCAUGCAGCGCCCCAUGAGCGCCAUGAUGCGCCCAAAUCGCUCGAGCAGUCGAAUGAGCAUGAGCAGCCGCGCCGGCACCGGCAGCAGGGCUUCGGACGAGGACAGCAAAACCGCUGUCAAAGUUGCCAUUCGCGUCCGCCCUCCGCUCAAGCCCGGCGAUCCUAACUAUGAACUCAUCCCGCAAAGAUUUCGCAACAGCGCAUGCCAGGUCAGCACUGACACGACAAUUGCUGUCGACUCACAACAAGGAAAGAAGUUGUUCGUCUUCGAUCGCGUCUUUGGCGAGACUGUGGACCAAGCUGGCGUAUGGGAGUACCUCAGUGAGAGUGUAAAUGCUUUUGUGCAGGGUUACAAUGUCUCGAUUCUGGCAUACGGCCAGUCGGGUGCUGGAAAGUCGUACACCAUGGGUACUUCGGGCCCAGCACAACAGGCAGACCCGGCCGCCAUGGGUGUUGUUCCUCGCGCGGCAAGAUUACUAUUCGAAGUUUUAACAGGUCAUUCCACGCCCACCGCCGGUGGUUCAGGGCUUCGGGCACCCACGCGGUACUCUACCAUUGGUCUGCCUGGCGCGAAACCUGCAGAAAAGAAUUGGCAACUGAAAGCCUCCUACGUGGAAAUCUAUAAUGAGCAGCUCCGUGAUCUCUUGGUCCCGGCCGACGUGCCCCAGUAUGAAAGAGCCCAGGUCACGAUUCGGGAGGAUCCUAAGGGCAGAAUUAUCCUUACUGGCCUCCAACAGAUGACCAUUAACUCCAUCGACGACCUGCUCCAUGCCUUGAACUUUGGCUCCUCCAUUCGUCAAACGGACGCCACCGCGGUCAACUCGCAAUCUUCCCGCUCGCACGCCGUCUUCAGCUUGAACCUCGUGCAGAAGAAGAGCAGGUCUGCCACUGGGCAAAUGUCUGUGCAAGACAAGCGGAGAUCGAUGCCACUAGAAGCAAUGUCUGGCUCAGACAGUAUGGUGACAGUGGAUAGCAAGCUGCAUUUCGUCGAUCUUGCAGGUAGUGAAAGGUUGAAAAACACCGGAGCCGAAGGCGCGAGAGCGAGAGAAGGUAUUUCCAUCAACGCCGGUCUGGCAAGUUUAGGAAAGGUCAUCUCGCAGCUUUCGCAACGUUCAGGAUCGCACGUCUCGUACAGAGACUCGAAACUCACCCGUCUGCUCCAAGACUCUCUCGGUGGCAAUGCCAUCACCUACAUGGUGGCCUGUGUGAACCCUGCCGAGUUCCACUUGAGCGAGACUCUCAAUACCGUUCAGUACGCUCAGCGUGCUCGUGCCAUCCAGAGUAAACCGCAAAUCCAGCAGAGCGCCGAUGAAGGUGACGCAAAGGCUAUUAUCGAGCGCCUGCGGGCAGAGGUUUCCUUUUUGCGUGACCAGAUAAGGUUGUCGGAACGCACUGGCCGCAAGGAAAUCGUGCCCAAGGAAAGAGCAGAGCGGUCCGCCGAGCGCGAAAUGGAACUCCAAAACCAGCUUCUGGACCUCCAAGAAAACUACAACGCAUUGAGCCAGCGCCACGCGAACUUUAUCUCUGAAUUCACAAAGGCCCGUGACGCUGACGCUUCAGAUGCUUCUGGCCUUUCUGACGCUCUUGGAGAGACCGCCAUGGAGAGACUCAACCGUUCGAACUCAUUUGCCGAGGCCGUCCAGCAGGUUGUGAUGGAGUACGAGAAGACGAUCCAAAGCCUUGAGGCUUCCCUGUCGACCACGCGAUCCUCGCUUUCUACGAGUGAGAGCAGCCUGCUCGAGAAGGAGACCAAAAUUGCUUACAUGGAGAGCCUCAACCAACAACUGCAGACGCGCAUCCAGAAGUACGCGGACCGUGAGGCUAGCAAUGAGAGCUACCUCAAAGACCUGGAGUCCAAGGUUGAUGGCAUCACCUCUGGAGAGGAGAAGCAGACGGCGAUCAUCCAAGAUCUGCGCAAGGAGAUCAACCGGGCACGUGAGAACGAGCAAAACUGCGAGGAGUACAUUUCCACUUUGGAAGAGCGCCUCGCCGAAGCUGAGCAGGACCACGAGCUGAUGCAAAGGGAGAUUGAGCGUCUGGAGCAUGUCAUUGAGCGUCAGCGCAGCAUCGGCAAGCUUGACAACCUUCUCUACGAGCUUGACAACAUCAACAAGGAGAACAAGCCUGCCGAACAAGUUCUGACCAACGGCCAUUCCAAGGGCAAGAGAAACGAGGACAUCGAGGAGGAGGCUGAGCACGAGGUGGAGCGCUCCGGUAGCCCGUCACCCGAGCCAUCUAGCGCGACGGCUUCUGACGACAUCAAAAACACUACGGUCGAGGUCCCCCCCUCGACUGACGAGACACCUCAGAGCCCUGAGCAAACCAACUUCGUCAACGACAAGCUUGAGGCUGUGACGCAGGAACUAUUCGACCUUCGUGUUGAACACGAGACGACUGUUCAUGACUUUGACGAUCUUCAAAGAAAAUACCAGGCCGCUUUGAACACCUUGGCUGAGCUUCAGGAAGCUGUUGACGAGGCUCGUACGGACAAACGUACUUCUAUUUCUUCUGCUGGACCAGAUUCUUUUUUAGCGCACGCGGGGGUGAACGGGAUCAACGAGAUCAAAGAGGAUGGACAACCUUCAUCCUCGCGUACCUUAUCAUCGGAAUUGUCCUUGCUUGGGGAGUCCUCAAAUCCGAGAGACUCCUUUCAUACAUCGGCAACUUCUGAUGCUGAGACCGCUCAAAAGGGUUCAGAGGCAGAAAUUGCUGAAGAAGACAGCGUCGUGCCUCAGGACGACGCUCUCGCCCACGAGAUGGCAAAGCUCAAGAAGUUACACGAGGAGAAGGAAGAGAACAUGGCCGAGUUGUCCCACCGCUACGCGCAGCUAGAGAAGGACCACCAAGAAACUCUCAAGUACGUCGACGAGUUGAAGAACGAGGUUCAGAGGGCUGUUCAGCUCGCUCGUCCGGACUCUCCCUCGGCCCACGUCAUUCGCCGGAAGUCCAGCCAGAACAUCGUUGCCGUAGACCGCGCCAACCGUUCGUUCACUGCGCUGCGAAGCAUUGCUUUGGAUCACCUGGAGAACGAGCCGGAGGCGAUCCAGACUUUCGAGAUGAACUUGAAUACCAUCAUGACGGAUCUUCAUUCUGCCAAGGAACGCGUUGUCGCGCUUGAAACCGACAUGGCCCAGGUCCGCAAGGAAAUGGAAGGAAAGAUGACCAUCAUCUCCGGCCUCACCCGUGAGAGGUCCAGUUUGAAGUCCUCUCCUCUCGACAUCACUGCGGUUGCUCAGAUGCGCGAUCAGCUUUUGGAAUCCGAGGCCCAAGUCAAGCAGAUGCAGGAGUCCCACGCUUCUCGCGAGCAGGAGCUUCUCGAACAGAUUGAGAGUUUGAGGACCGCUUUGGGUGCUCCCCGUUCUCCUUCGAUCAGGAUCAGCAGCUCUGGCGAUGGCGCCGCUGAGCCCAGCCACGAUGUUCCCGGAGAUUUCCCUGAUUCUCCUGGCCCUGGUCUCAGCCCCAAGGUUUCGAGAGAAGAUCUUACCCAGGACGAGGCUACUCAACAGAUCGCUGUUCUGCAGCGGGAGGUUGUGCAGUGGCAGACCAAGUAUGAUUCGACCAUUACCUCGAUGCGUGCAUCCGAGAAUGAGCUUCAAGCCACCAUUAAGGAACUCGAGGAGGCUUUGAGAAUCGCAGAGGAGCGCAUCGGCCAAUCCGACGCUGCGGCUGCGGAUGUUGAGAGCCUCAAGAAGGAGAUUGACGACCACAAGGCCGCUGCUGCAGCCAGUGCCAACCGCUUGGCAGAGCUCGAGGAGUCUCAUGCUAGGAUUCUGCACCAGGUUGAGUCGGAAACUGGUGACAGGGAACUUACGGCGAAGGAAUUGACUACUCACCGUGGUUUGGUCGCUAACCUGGAGAGACAGCUUGAGGAGCACAAGGCUGCUGUUGCGCUUCACCAGCAGGGUCUUGAUACCCUCCGCGAGACUCAUGCCCAGGAGCUAGCACAGGUUAACAGCCAGCUUGAGACGCAGUUGGCUGAGCACCAAGAAGCCGCUGCCGCCCUUCAGGAGCAAAUUUCCAAGCUGCAGACUGAGCAUGAGGCCGAGUUGGAGAGGUCGCACCAAGGCAUGGUCACUCUUGUCCAGAGCAUUUCCGCAGCCCUCAACGAGGAAACCGAUGCUUCCAAUGUGCAAAGUCAUAUUGAGAGGCUCAUUGUGGAACGGAAGGAGCUGCUCGAGAAGCACGAUGCUGCUACCGCUGAGCUUGCUACUGCCAGAGAGGAGCUGGAGAAGGCUCGGGCUCACGUUGCUGAUCUGGAGAGCAAGGUUGGCGAGCUGAAGUUGAUCAACGAGGAGACGCUCAAAGAACUCGAGAAGAUCAGCGACAAGGAAAGGAAGAGCUCUCGUCUCGUGGAAGAGCUUGAGGAUCAGCUCAACUCCAACUACGAUCAGCACCAGGCGGCUAACAACCGUCUGUCUGCUCUUCAGACCGAGCGCCAAUUCCAGCUCGAGGAGGCUGUUGCCGCCAAGAGUGACAUGGAGAAGGAGCUUGAGGAGUCCAGGAAGAAGAUUGCCGAUCUCGAGGCUCAGCUCGGUGGCGCCAAGAGGGUUUCUAACCGCGAGUCCUUGGAUCCGCACUCGGCCCUCCAACGCUCCGACUCCAAGGAUUCUUCCAAUCUGCGCAAGUCUGCUUCCCAUACCAGCUUGCCUUCGCCGCCUCCGGCUAUCCCCUUGCCCCCUCUCCCUGGAUCGCCACCGCCGCCUGGCGGUCCCAAUGCGAUUCCCUCGUCGCCACCCGCGUCAAGGCACCAGAGCAAGGAUAUUGCUCAGGCGCAGCUUGUCGAGGACCAAGAGGCCCGUAUCCGAACCAUCGAGAAGCACCUGUUUGCCGAGAAGCAGCUUACUGCAACUCUGGAGGAGGCGCUUACCGACCUGGAGGCGUCUAGCACCAAGGUCAAGAACGAGAUGGAGACGUGGAAGAAGAAGUGCGCUGGUCUCGAGGAGGAGCUUAACGUCAUGAAACAGGAGCAGAGCAAGAACCGCUACUCGCUCCAGGCAGUCGAGGAAGAGCGCAACGCGCGCAUGAGGGUUGAAGCCGAGCGUGCGCACCUCGAAGCACGCAUGGCUGCGCUGAACCAGGCCAACAAGAAGAAGAAGAAGAGCGCGCUCAACUGCUUCUAA